CAUCUUUUACAGAUAGACGGUUUCGUGACGUAAAUUUCGGAUUUUCCCCACCGUUAUUGCUCAAGACUGGCAUUGAAAAAGGUCACCUGAAAAGGUCCUCUAACAACCAAACUCAAGUCAAGGACAAACAGAAAAUAGACCGACAAUAGUGUUUUUUUUGUGUCCUUUAGAACGGUCACCAGUUUGUCAUUUCUUCGAGACACUUACAUAUGAUAUUACGCAAAAUUACGUAAGGAUAUUGUUCAAUGGAAAUUUAUUAAAUCGUUUGAUUGCCAUCAGGCUUUUGAUGUGUUGAUUAGAAAUCUGGAGCGACACCUGAAUUUUGAUUUAAGACAUAAUAUAAGACAUUUUCACACACUAAAGACGUCAUGUAUCGUGUGAAGACUAUAGCUUCUGGUCUCACUAGGCCAGCACUGUAUCAAGUGAAGUGUCUGCAUCACCAAAGAUUUGCAGAAGUGACAGGUGUACCAUUCAGGAAAUAUGCUUCAAGUGCACAGGCUGAAUCAUUUCUUAAUGGAAGUUCAGGAAGUUAUGUUGAAACAAUGUACGAGUCUUGGCAAAAAGACCCAAAUAGUGUGCACAAGUCCUGGAAAGCAUAUUUUGAAGGCCAGGAGUUUGUCAGACCACCAUCUUUAGGAGGCAGUGUUGCACCUUUCUCUUCAUUUACAAGUAAAGAUAUCAAAGACAAUCUGGAAGUUGGCAAACUAAUAGAGGCUUAUCAGAGAAGAGGUCACAAUAUUGCAACACUGGAUCCCCUAGGUCUACUGGAUGCAGAUUUAGAUCCAGAAAUCCCUAAAGAGCUAUUACUGAGUAGUUAUCACUGGGAGGAGAGUGAUUUGGAGAGAAAAUUUACCCUGCCAACAACAACCUACAUUGGAGGGAGUGAAACAGAAAAGCCACUAAAGGAUAUCAUUGAGAGGUUGAAGGAAGUUUAUUGUGGCCAUAUUGGAAUAGAGCUGAUGCAUCUGAAUAAUAAAGAGCAAAUUGACUGGAUCAAACAAAAGUUUGAAAUGCCUGGUAUAGUGAGGCUUACCAAAGAGGAGAAAAAUACCAUAUUAGCAAGACUGCUUAGAUCUCAAAAAUUUGAAGAAUAUUUAGCAAAGAAAUGGUCAUCAGAAAAAAGAUUUGGUUUGGAAGGCUGUGAAGUUUUGAUACCUGCCAUGAAGACUGUCAUAGAUACUUUAAGUGACAGAGGAGUAGAUGACUUCAUCAUUGGUAUGCCACAUAGAGGAAGACUCAAUGUACUGGCUAAUGUGUGUAGAACACCAUUGGAGAGGAUAUUUGGUCAGUUUGAUCCUGAUUUGGAAAGAUUUGAAGAAGGGUCUGGGGAUGUCAAGUACCAUCUGGGAAUGUCAAUACAGAGACUGAAUCGUGUCACAAAUAAGAAUGUAUCACUGUCUUUGGUUGCUAACCCAUCACAUUUAGAAGCAGUUGAUCCUGUUGUACAAGGAAAGACUAAAGCCAAGCAAUUCUAUAGAGGGGAUAGUGAGGGGAAAAAGGUGGUCAGUAUGUUACUGCAUGGUGAUGCUGCUUUUGCUGGACAAGGAGUAGUUUUUGAGACUUUCCAUCUGAGUGACCUUCCAGAUUAUACCACAAAUGGAACAAUCCACAUUGUUGUCAAUAAUCAGAUUGGAUUUACAACAGAUCCCCGAUCAGCCAGAUCAUCAGCAUACUGUACCGAUGGAGCUCGUAUGGUAAAUGCUCCUGUCUUUCACGUUAAUGCUGAUGACCCAGAUGCUGUGGUUUACGUGUCCAAAGUAGCAGCAGAAUGGAGGGCAGAGUUUGGAAAGGAUGUAGUAAUUGAUUUGGUUUGUUAUCGUAAGAAUGGUCACAAUGAAACAGAUGAACCAAUGUUUACUCAACCAUUAAUGUACAAGAAGAUAGCUGUACAGAGGCCAGUUUUAGACCAAUAUGCAGAAAAACUAAUCAAAGAAGGAGUUGUCACCACAAAGGCGUAUGAGGAGGAAAUAGAGAAGUAUAACAAAAUCUGUGAAGAAGCAUUUAUUCAUAAAAAGGAUCAUAAGAAAGGGGAAUGGUUAGAUUCACCAUGGGAAAAUUUCUUCAAAAAAGAAGAACCUGGUCAGGAACGUUGGAUGAUGAUCAAACCAAACACAGCUGUCCCUGAAGAGAAACUCAAUCACAUCGGAUUGAAAGUUAGUUCUGAGCCAGAGGAUGUUACCAUUCAUUCAGGUUUGAAAAGAAUAAUGAAAACAAGAAAACAGAUGGUUCAAAAGAGACAGGCUGACUGGGCUUUGGGUGAAGCCUUGGCCUGGGGAUCAUUACUGAGUGAGGGAUAUCAUGUUAGAUUAAGUGGACAGGAUGUAGAGAGAGGAACAUUCAGCCAUCGACAUGCUGUAUUGUUUGAUCAGAAUGUUGACAAGAAAAAAAUUGUACCACUGAAUCACUUAUAUCCAAACCAGGCUAAGUUCCAAGUUCACAACAGCUCACUGUCAGAAUAUGGUGUACUGGGAUUUGAAUUAGGAUAUUCCUUAGAAAAUCCUUAUACAUUGGUGAUAUGGGAGGCUCAGUUUGGUGAUUUUGCCAACACAGCACAAUGUAUAAUUGAUCAGUUUAUUAGCAGUGGUAAAGACAAAUGGACAAGAGAAAGUGGCAUCACUUUACUGUUACCACAUGGUUAUGAUGGCAUGGGACCAGAGCAUUCCAGUGGCAGAUUAGAAAGGUUUCUGCAAAUGUCUAAUGAUGAUGGAGAUCAUUUUCCUCCUGAAAACGAGGAUUUUGUGACGCAACAAUCGCAUGAAAUUAACUGGUUUGUAUGUAACUUUACAACUCCAGCCAAUUUCUUCCAUGCUAUGAGGAGGCAGAUACUUUUACCAUUCAGACGACCACUGAUUGUCAUGUCACCUAAAAGUUUGCUACGACACAAGGAUGCCAUGUCUAGCUUCGAUGAUAUGAAUGAAGGAAGUAGUUUCCGUAGAGUUAUACCAGAGGAAGGAGCUGCUUUACAGAACCCCACCGGUGUGAAGAAGUUGAUCUUCUGUAGUGGCAAAGUCUAUUAUGAUCUGAUUUAUGAACGAGAAAAGAAGGAAUUAAAUGAUCAGAUAGCUAUUGCAAGAAUUGAACAGAUUUCCCCAUUCCCAUUUGAUCUUGUGAAGGAAGAGAUACAGAAGUAUCCCAAGGCCAGUAUUAACUGGGUACAGGAGGAACACAAAAAUAUGGGAGCAUGGUUUUAUGUAGAACCCAGAAUUAGGACUGUCCUGCAUAAACUUGAUAUGUCUAAUGCUACUAUUGGAUAUAGUGGGCGGGAACCAGCAGCAUCCACAGCAGCAGGAUCUAAACGCAGUCAUUUAUUACAGUUGGCGUCUUUCCUGAACGAAGCUGUCAGUCUGUCAUAAUGAUGACCUUAAAAACACACUUACCAGGAUAUAUCAAAUCAUAAACAAAAGAAAUUUGUGAUAAAUGGAAAGAUUUGAUGUACACAAUAUAGAACCGUCUCCAUAAAAAUCAUCAGUUUGGGUAUUUUAAUAAUCAACUAUUCUGGGUGAAUGCAGUUGUAAUCUAUUGUUUUAGCUUAACUUGUAAAUUGUAUUCAUUCUGUACAUACCUUUAUAUAAAAUGUCUAUUUUAAUGUCAGAUAUAAACUGCAGGGCAGAUGUACACUUGUUAUUAAAACUAAAAAUCUCACAGUUUUGUAAGAUUUCCUUUGAUGUGAAUCAAACAUGUUUUUUAAACCUAUUUUUAUACCUUAUAUUUUCUACCUUACUGAAUUGUUUAUGAUAACUACUGUACAGCCAGAAGUCAAUGUGAAUAAUAUCCCAUAAACAAAUACAUCAUAAGUUUACCAUUUUAUUAGGUAUUUAUAGAAGAAGAGUCAGUGAAAAUGUUUUACACAAGUUUUGAAGUUUAAAAAGGGGAAAUAUUGAAGGGGUAAACGAUGAAUUAUUUGUGUUUGAUGGACAUGGUAGUCUGUCUUGUGUCUGUUUUCUGUCUCUGUUGUCAGAUAUAUUUAUUUAUGUACAGAUGUAAGUAUUCGGUACAAGCUAAUUUAAUUGUUGGUACAUGAAGUUCUUACUCUAUGAUGAAAUCAUCAUUUGUAAUUUGAGGAACCUUCAUAAAGAACAUGGAGUGUUAUUUCUUUCAGUAACAACUUUAGAGGCUGUAGUAAAUUAUAAAUGUUUCCAAGACUUAUGUAAUCUCUAAAAAAAUAUUGGAAUUUCAGACAUGUUGAUAUAUUUUUAUCCAGAUUACUAUACUAAAAAACAACCAAAAAAAAGACUGUGAUAAAGAUAAAAAGAUAACAAAGGUUUGUGAAGGGGAAGUUAGUUCUAGGCGGUGGUUUUAUUAGAUGGUUAGGGUUUAUAAAGGGACACAUAUACAAACCAAGUAAUUCCUCUCACAACUUUCAUUUCAUAGUCAGAGGAAUUAUUCAAAUGGCAUUAAAAGUGACAUUUAUUAAAUGUCAUAUAUAUAUAUAUAUAUAUAUUAUAUGAUAUAAUGGUUGGAAAUCAUAAAAAAAUAUAGUUUGUUUAUUUCAAAAAGAUUCAAAUUCUACAAUUUAUGAUAUGUUCGAAUUAUAUUUCAUGUUUGACAAUUUUUUUAGUUAAAAGGCAAAGUUUUCUUUUCUUUCUGUGAAUGGUGUGCCUUUAUGUAGAUUUUUGUUUUUAUUCUGGUGCUGUACUUACCGUUAUCUUGAUAUAGAUCUGCAAAUACACUCAUUAUCAUUAUAUUACAACACCAUUCAAAAAUAUUGGACAUUUCUUUGUGCCAUUUGACACUAUAAAAUGAAAACAGUCAAGUGUGAUAAUUUUGUUUAUUUGAUAAGUAUGUGUGUUUUGUUAAGUUGAACCAGUUAAAUGCACUUAUUUAUGGGACAGAUGAAAUUAUCAAUGAAAGUUGAGGUCAGUUCAGCAUUACUGUGUGCCAAGUUUGAUAUUUUCAUGAGAAUGUAUUAGAAUUGUAUAGAAAAAUUAAAUGUACAGAUACUCUUGAUAUUGACCUUGAAAUUUUCUUGAUGUCUGCACCGAUUAUAGUACCAAAUAUGACUUGAGAAUUAGGACUCUUAAAGAAUAUAUAUUCAUACUUAAAUUGGUAUUAAAGGAUUUUUCUAUUCGGCACAUGUAUCAAAAUUAUCCUUAGUGAUUCAUUUUGCAUUUAGGUGAAAUGUUCACACAGAUAUUUAAUUUUCCUGUAUGAUGCAAACCAAAACUGACCCUCUUUCAAGAAAGUAGAGAAGUCAACUUGCAACCAGCUUAAGGUCAGGUCAGCUACACCUUUUUAUAGUGUCAAGCUUGAUUUUUUUUAUAGUAAAAGAAGGGUAGCAUAUGUUCAGAAUAAAGGUGAAUAAAACAUCAUAUUAAGAUUUAAAAAUGACUUCAAAUCAAAUUUAAGCAAAAUCAAGCAGAAAAACUUUUAUCAUUGUGAAUGAUAUAGACAUUACUCUUCCAAUAACCACAUUUUCAUGCUAAGAUAAUUGUUUUUGUUUUUAUAAUAGUUAAUUUAUUACUUUGUUUAUCUUGCUUUGUUUGUCAACUAUGAAUUAGGCCUGGAAAGAAGAUAUAUUGUUCGACAAUUUUUAACAAUAAAAAUAUGUUCCAUUA